GGACAAAGUUAAUUUAUAAAGUCGAUGUCCUGCCACUUUGUUAGCCAGUCUCGGAUGUACCGCGACGCCAUUCAAAACGCACCGAACGUGGCCGCUCCCAAAUAAUUUGGAUUAAAUCCCGAAUAUUUUUCCAGUUCGCCAUUGCUAUUCGGCUCGCGUCCGGCGUCCUAGGCCGUUCGCGCGACACGCCACUGACACAUUUCUGCGGUUUCGCGCGCCUUUUGAAUUUAGAACAGUUUUCGUUUUUCUUUUGAUACGGUGCUAUUGCUCAGACACGUGAAAUUCGGAAAAUUGUACUGUGUUUUUUUUAUUGUUUAAUUUGUCGGAUUUUUCAAGAUGGAAAUAAGGAGACGUGGUGGACCAUCAUUUCUGACAUAUUGGAUAUUUUUGCUGCAAAUGUUAGGCAGUGCUCGUCGCGGCGCAGAAGGACAUGGUCGCCUUAUGGACCCUCCCGCGCGUAAUUCUAUGUGGAGGUUUGGUUUUCCAAACCCUGUCAACUAUAAUGACAACGAACUCUUCUGUGGUGGAUAUGCCGUCCAGUGGGAGCAGAACUCAGGACGGUGUGGUGUGUGUGGUGACGCAGAUAAUCUCAACGAACCGCGGCCUCAUGAGGCCGGAGGGAUGUACGGCAAGGGCAUCAUAACCAGACACUACAGCGUUGGACAGGAAAUAGAAAUAGAAGUUGAAUUAACGGCGAAUCAUCUUGGCACAUUUAUAAUAAAGCUCUGUCCGAACAACAAUCCGAAACAAGAAGCGACUCAAGAGUGCUUUGACAGGUACCCGCUUUACAUAUCCGGAACACGAGAGGAGAGAUUCCUUAUACCUCUAGACACUGCCAAGAAAGAACAAUUCAGGUACCGAGUGAGGUUACCUCCUUACGUAACUUGUACGCAAUGUGUCUUACAAUGGACAUAUUAUACAGGAAACAUGUGGGGUAUAUGUCCGAACGGCACGGAAGCUGUCGGAUGUGGUCGCUCUGAAACAUUCAGGAACUGCGCGGAUGUGAGUGUAGUGACCAGCACCGGUGGUCUCCCGCCAGCGUUUGCUGGUGGCCUGCGAAAAGACAACCCGUUCUUGUUGUACUACAGGGACUAUAACAUGCCUCAAAACGUCUACCCUCUUGUUGUCAGAUAUAUACAGAAUGGAUUACAAAGAGAGAAAUUUCGUGCUAUUAGCAACGAUAUAUCUGAUAGUGAAACAGAGACGGACGUAGGUCCUCACGUCAUUAGAGAUCAAGUCUGUCUGCCAUCUCUUAGUUACCGUGUAAUACCUGGAAUGUUAAGCUGGUGUCAGACUAACUGCCUGCGGUACCCUCCCAAUUGUCCUGAGAAUCUGUGCCAAUGCCCACAAGUCUGCGAAGCAGUUGGUGAGUUGGAGGGUCGGGAAGGUGCCGACGUGUACUGUAUGGACCAGUGCAUCGUGUAUCCGCCGCGCUGCCCCAAAGAUAGGUGUCGCUGCUAUUAGCAUGGAACUGGUACCAGUGGCGCCCAAAACUGAAGCUUGCAUUUUUUGCAAAAUGCUCACAAUUACCGCGCCGUACUUAAUAGCGUUUUUACUACAUCAUCUUAUCCUUUUGUCCACAAUAAAAUUCUUACAAUUACUUUCCUUAAUAUUUCAAUGACAUUACAUUUGAUUGAUUGCAAGCACAUUACAUUUGAUUGAUUUUAUCUAUAUAAACAUUUAGCUGCCUAUCUAAGACAAAAUUGUAAAAAUAAAAAACAUGCACGACUUAUUGAAACGAAUAAUUACUUACAAGAAACUUCAUUGAAAAUAUCUUGUCGAUGAAAUCCUUCCUGUGUUUGAUUUAUAUAAUCAAACUAUAAAUAUUAUUAAUUUGCGUUCCUCUUCAAUACUUAUCCUUUGUUUUAUUGAGUAUUCUGUUUUCUUAAAAGUUCUAUAAACCUAAUGUACAGCUGUAUAUAUUAUACGUAAUUCUUGUAAAUCAAUAAUACAAGAUUUUAUAUCUAUUUUUUAUGUUUGGUGUUGCCACG